UGGUAAGGGGGCCAUCAGAUUCCAAAGGCAGACUUGGUGACUCCAAGCCACUACCAAGAACCGCUGGAAGCUGCUGGGCGGAGGAAGCCGCUGUCAGAGCUCUGUUUUUAGUUACAGUCUCUGGUGGCCAACUGAAGCAAGAGUUGUAAGCGGUGAAAGUCGGGGGUCAGUUUCCAAGUGCAGCCCUCAGGUUUUGGCCUCUCCGGGGCAGUGAGGCACCUUCGUCUCCCACCUCCUGGCCCACUCAAUACUCUCCUGGAUAUGUCCACGGGCUUUCACCAGGACGUUCUCACAUCUGAAACCAAUACCUGGCUUCUUCACAGGGCACAUAACUGAGUAGAUGUUUCCUACUGGACCUGAGGCCAGCUCUAAAGUGAACUUACGCGAUGAGUCCAAGGGUUUGGCUUACGACUUCCUAGCAAUCAAUCAACUCUUGUUCCCAAAAGUUUUCAAUUUCUUGAGGUUUUCUGAGAAGAAGAAUCUGUAGCUCCCAAGUCGGAAAGUGACUGUACAUCCCUGUAAUACAGGGACGAAUCUUCAGCCCCAUUCCAGGAAUGGGCAAGCCCCAGACCCAGCUCCAAGAACUGUUCCUCUGGACCCUGCCGGGACAUCCUCUCAGUGGCCUGCCCUCCCCGCCAACCUCACCAGCAUCCUCCCCAACCACUGCUCCAGCCUUGUUGCUAAGGGACACCUUCCCAUUUACUCAGGCUCUGUGGGAUGGCUUUGUUGCCAUGGUAAUGCAUCAAUCUGGAGAGGGAGAGGGAGAGAGAGGACCCACAACGGCCCCCUGCUGACCAUGAACAAGAUGAAGAACUUUAAGCGAAGGCUUUCCCUGUCCGUGCCCCGCCCAGAGACCAUUGAGGAGUCCUUGGCUGAGUUCACCGAACAGUUAAACCAGAUCCACACCCAGAGGAAUGAGGAUGGCGGGGAUGAGCCCAGGCAGCUGUCCCCUGGCAUGCAGUACCAACAACGGCAGAGUCAACGCCGCUUCUCCAUGGAGGACCUCAACAAGAGGCUCUCUCUGCCCAUGGAUAUCCGCCUGCCCCAGGAAUUCCUGCAGAAGCUACAACUGGAGAACCCGGGGCUGCCCAAGCCACUCACCCGAAUGUCCCGUCGCGCCUCCCUGUCAGAUAUCGGCUUUGGGAAACAGGAAACGUAUGUGAAACUGGACAAGCUGGGGGAGGGUACCUAUGCCACCGUCUUCAAGGGGCGCAGCAAGCUGACAGAGAACCUAGUGGCCCUGAAGGAGAUCCGACUGGAGCAUGAGGAGGGAGCACCCUGUACUGCCAUUCGAGAGGUGUCUCUGCUGAAGGACCUGAAACACGCCAAUAUUGUGACCCUGCAUGACCUCAUUCACACAGAUCGGUCCCUCACCCUGGUGUUUGAGUACCUGGACAGCGACCUGAAACAGUAUCUAGACCACUGUGGAAACCUCAUGAGCAUGCACAAUGUCAAGAUUUUCAUGUUCCAGCUGCUCCGGGGCCUGGCCUACUGUCACCGCCGCAAGAUCCUGCACCGGGACCUGAAGCCCCAGAACCUACUCAUCAACGAGAGGGGCGAGCUAAAGCUGGCUGACUUUGGCCUGGCCCGUGCCAAAUCAGUGCCUACGAAGACGUAUUCCAAUGAGGUGGUGACUCUCUGGUACAGGCCCCCAGACGUGCUGCUGGGAUCCACAGAGUACUCCACCCCCAUUGACAUGUGGGGCGUGGGCUGCAUCCUCUAUGAGAUGGCCACCGGGAAGCCCCUCUUCCCAGGCUCUACUGUCAAGGAGGAAUUGUACCUCAUCUUCCGUCUCCUAGGGACUCCUACAGAAGAGACAUGGCCGGGUGUAACAUCCCUCUCUGAGUUUCAAGCCUACAACUUCCCCCGGUACCUGCCACAGCCGCUGCUCAACCAUGCUCCCAGGUUGGAUACUGAAGGCAUCAACCUCUUGACCAGCCUCCUCCUGUACGAAUCCAAGAGUCGUAUGUCAGCAGAGGCAGCCCUAAGUCACCCCUACUUCCAGUCUCUGGGAGAACGCGUACACCAGCUUGAUGACACUGCCUCUAUCUUCUCCCUGAAAGAGAUCCAGCUCCAAAAAGACCCAGGCUAUCGUGGCCUGGCCUUCCAGCACCCAGGGCGAGGGAAGAACAGGCGACAGAGCAUCUUCUGAGCUAUGUCCACCGUGCUGUGACGCGAGGGACGGGAGGCCACAGGGAACGUGAAUUCAGAAGUAUGGGGCCUGUGUGGCCAUCAGAGGGCUGAGCAAUGAACGCCUGUGGCCAAUCUGGAGGACCAUUUGGCAGCCCUGGUGGUAGCAGUUGCUUCCUUUCCUUGCUUGCCACACACCUCUGUGAUGGUUCCUCCCUGGACACCAACCCCUUGGUCACCCACUGUGGGAUGGGGCGUAAGCUGCUUCCCUGAGAGGAAAUGAGGGGCGAGGAGGGACCUGGGACCCUUUCCUGGCUGCAGUGCGGGGGAGUUAGGGGACCCUGGGUUUGCCUGGCUCAUCAGCUUGACAGACCCCUUCCUUAGCCUUUGGACGCUCUCCCUUAACCUUCUUCCCCUCCAAGAGCAAGGACUGCUCCAGGAACAAGGCCCUGGGACCCUGGGAUUGGGCCAGUGUGUGUGCUAACCCCACCCCAAGGCAGACCUCCCUGGAGCAUCAAAAAAAAAAAGGAGCCCCUCCUGUCACCACCCCUCCGUGCUGUUGUCCCCUCCUUGCCAGAGCCCUGUGCCCUCUGGCUUGAACCAAGGCUAAGGAGCACAGCAUGCUGCCCGUGUCCAGCUGCACCUGGAGGUAAUCUGGGACUCCCAGCUGUACUCCUGCCACCUCAACCAUCCCCUGCCCAUCCCCCAGUCUGGAAAGGGUCGCCUUAAAACUGGCAGGUGGGAGAGUACACUGUUCCAGGAGCUCUGACCUAGCCCCUGUGUCCCUUCCCCCCUAAGCCACGCCCAUGGGUGUUAUCAGCCCUGAGGGAUGAUAAGUCAACCCUGUCUCAGGGUCCCGAGGCUGACACCCAGAUAUGCAGGUCACCCCGACACUGGUACCAAGGUAGCCUUGGCUCUUUGGGGCUGGUGCAGCCUCUCCUCCAUCCCCCACCUCCUUCCUAGCCCUGUCUACCUGACCCUGGCACCAACCUCCAGAGAGGGUGGUCCUGAGAGCAAAGGUGCUGGCACCGCAGUGUAAGCUGGAGAGGGUACCCUUCCUCCAUACCCACCUAGUGUUCCAGGGUCUCCGCAACACUUGGCUGAACUUGAAGGGGAAAGGCCAAGGGGACGUCAAGCCCAUGUUUUCUCCACAGGCCCCAUGCCCACCCCAACCCCUCGGAGCCUGGGUUCUCCCUAACCCCCUUCCACUGACUGUGAAUGUCCUGUGACUCAGAGCAAAGACAGAGAAUAUAUUUAAUUCAU